GAAAAGGAAGCAGUAAAGCUGAUCUCAAACCUCACCACAGUCUGUCACCAAGGAGGAUUUCAUUUAUCAAAGUGGAUAAGCAACAGCAGAGCCGUCCUUGCUACUGUUCCACAGGAGGACAGAGCCAAAGAGGUAAAGGAAUUGGACUUGAGCAAGGAUCAAUUGCCCAUGGAGAGAGCCUUAGGACUUCAAUGGUGCGUGCAAAGUGACUCCUUUAAGUUCAACAUCACAAUCAGUGAACGUGCACUUACCAGAAGGGGCAUCCUAUCCAUGGUAAGCUCAAUUUACGAUCCCUUAGGCUUUCUGUGUCCACUUACUUUGCCAGCUAAAUUGUUGUUGCAGGAACUAUGCCGACAGAACUUUGGAUGGGACGUGACCAUUCCCCACACUCUAUCUGAGCAGUGGACAAAUUGGAACAGUAAGCUGUCACUGCUUGAAGGCUUUGAGGUACCACGCUGUUUCAAGCCACAUCAUUUUGGUGAGUCAGUGCACAGCCAGAUCCACCAUUUCUCUGAUGCCAGUGAGCUAGGCUAUGGAACAGCCAGCUAUCUCAGAAUGACUAACGCAAAAGGAAAGGUCCAUAUAGCAUUCUUGAUGGGCAAAGCGAGAGUAGCUCCAUUAAAAAGGCAGACCAUCCCGAGGCUGGAGCUAGCCGCAGCAGCUUUGUCAGUUAAAGUGGACAGAAUGCUCAAAGCAGAACUACCAUCAACAAGAGAUAAGUCAGUGUUUUGGUCUGACAGUACAGCUGUGUUAAAGUACAUCUCAAAUGACCACACUCGCUUCCACACCUAUGUGGCGAAUAGGACAUCUAGGAUUAGGGAAGCCACACAAGUGUCUCAGUGGAGAUAUAUUAACACAAAGCGAAACCCUGCCGACGACUGCUCUAGAGGUGUGAGUGCAGAGAGCUUCAUGAGGAAUCCAAGAUGGAUCCGUGGACCAGAGUUCCUCUGGUCAUCAGAAGAGGAUUGGCCAAAUGAACCAAUAGACAGGAGUCAGCUUUGUACGGAUGACCCAGAGGUCAGAAAAUCUGUAACAGUUAAUUCCAUCAUGCAGACAUGUGAGGAAAGGCCCACAGACAAGUUACUCAAUUACUUUUCAGAUUGGCUGAAGUUGAGAGUAGCUGUUGCAUGGAUAAUGAAAGUGAAGGAUGCAUUGAGGCACUUGGUGCAGAAAAGAAAGGACUCAAAGGACGACUAUAUGUAUCAAAGGGCAAACAGAAUAAACACAAGGUCUGUCAAGAUUAGCAUGAAAGAAUCAAUAACAGUUGAAGAUCUAAAAGGAGCAGAAAAUGCAAUACUUACCUAUGUGCAGAGACAAAGUUUCCCACAGGAAAUCAGCAUGCUGCAAGAGGGAGCAUCCUGUGUGAGAAAAGGCAGCAGCAUCUACAGACUGGAUCCGAUGCUGGAUGGUGGCAUUCUCAGAGUGGGUGGGCGUCUGAGGAGAUCAGCAAUGCCAGAGGAAAGGAAACACCCUGCCAUUCUGGCCAAAGACCACCACGUGUCCACUCUGAUCCUGCGCUACAUCCAUGCUCAAACUGGACAUGGAGGAAGGAACCAUAUGCUAUCCCAGAAAGAACAGAGGAAAACCUGGUGAACAAAAGAUGGCUGAUCUGCCAGGUGAAAGACUUGUCACAGACUUGCCACCAUUCACGAACGUUGGUCUUGACUACUUCGGCCCUUUUGAGGUGAGAAGGGGCAGGAGCAUGCUG